AAAAUGAUAGUAAACGUCAUCCCGUUUGAUCUAAUAGAAAAAUACGUGAAAGUUUUUAUUCCUCUGAAGUUAAAACACUUUUAGUGAAUAAUUGGCACAUUUGAUCCUAACUCAUAGUGAAAGUAUGUACGUUUGAUAUAUCGGAUUGUGAUUUGUUCGUAAAAGUGUCCACAAACCGUUCGUAAAAUGGAAGAAAGUGAAACUACAAACUCGGCUCCAGCUGGGACGAAAAAAGCUGGUCCUUUCGAUAACCUCAGUCGGGACGAUCUAGUUAAGAAAUGUCGAGGUUUGCUCGGCAUUGCCCAAAAAGCGAAACAAGCGAAAGACGAAUGCCAAGAAGAAAACAAAAAGUUGAAAGAUCAAUUAACGCAGUGCGAGAUGCAAAAAGCGGCUGAUAAGGACUGCCUAAAAACGAUGCAGGAAGUUGUUGACUCGCUAACUGAUCAAAAACUAAAGGCUGCCAUGAGAGUGGAUGAAUUGGAGAAAGUAGUAGUUGGGCUAAGACGAGAGUUAGAGGGAGCUGCAUUAUUAAGAGAUAGGUUGGAGAAGUCGUCUGACACAAACGAAGCUCUUCAGCGACAGAUAAAGCGACUAACGGAUGAGAAUGAGCAGCUUUUGGACGAUCUAGCUGGUAUGGAGAAUAAGCUAAAAGAUCUGGAAACGGACAAGCAGAAAAUAGAACUGCAGCAGAAGCAGUUGACUAAAGUGAACAGUGAGACUGUUCAAUCUGGAAGAGAAGAGAAAUUGAUUCGCAAGUUAAAGCUGUAUAAAAAUAAGGUGCAAGAAAUAUCGGCUAAAAUUUUACUGCUGAAAUCCGAUAGAAAAAUCCUGCUGAAAACCGUUAAAGAGUAUUCGGAGGAAGUUCCAAAAUGGCAGAAGGAGCUGCUCAAUGCUUCAGAAGCAUUAUUUAACCGAACACAUACGCUAGAGAAAGAAAAUCACAAUCUAAAACAACAAUGCGCUUCGAAGGAAUCAAUUGAAAUCGAGAAUCAAAAACUUUUGGGCGAGGUUGAUAGUUUAAAACAACGAUUAGGGUCAUUUUCAGAGCAAUGCCAGAAUCAUGGAAAUCAGACUGUUGCGUUAUCGAGUAAACUGACCGAAAUAAUGGAAGAAUGUCAGAAUAAGCAGUCAGAACUAACAAAUUUGCAGGAUAUGCACCAUAAAAUAUUAAUUAACAAUUCUGACCUCGAGCAGAAAUUACAACAAGCACUGGAAGAAAAACAACAUUUGCAGUCUGAAUUAGGUGGAAAGCAAAUAGAGCUGGAUCAAAUACAGGAAUGUGUUCAGAAUGAAAAAGCAGCAAAUGAACAAUUGCGUACUGAAUACAAUCGAUUAACUAAAAAACUAGAAGAAAUUCAGACACAGUAUGAUAUGGCGAAGCAAAUAGCCCAUACCCGCUGUCAGGAAGAACAGAAAGAGAGUGAAGCUGGAGGUUUACGAGGAAUUAACGAGUUGACAUAUGAAAUGGAGCAGCAAGAGUUACGGGUUAAUCAAAUCAUCGAAGAAAAGGCUCAGUUACAAAAAGAAAUGGAUGAUCUUCAAUCCCGUUACUCUCAACAGACGGAUGAGUUGAAAGAAAAAAUAUUGGAGCUUUCAGAGAUUCAGAAAAAACUUCACGAUAUGAGCGAAUUGGAUGCUACCAACAAACUACUUCAAACGGAAGUUCUCGAGUAUGACAGAAAGCUUCAAAAGUACAUGCAAGAGCAAGCCGAGCUGCAGAAAGAGCUUUCCGAUUGUUCCGUUGCACUAGAAACUCUCCAAGAUCGCUUCAACAGUCUACACGCUGAAAAUCAACGAUUAUUGGAGAACCAUGUUGAUUUGGAACGACAAAAUGCAAAUGACAGAGAAGAUUUGGCAACUGUCCAUUCGAAGUUCGAGCUCGUCAAGCUGGAAAACAGUGAACUGCUCUCGGAGUUAAAAGAAAUCAAUGAAAUUCUUAAAGAACGGGGUGGAGUCAUCUCUUUGCAGUUGUCGAAAAUUUCCGAGCUGGAAUCGCAAAAGGCCGCCCUAGAACGAAAGCUUACUGAGUUAGGAAGUCCGGACGUGGAGCAGCUUCGAAAACAACUACAAGAAGCUGAGCACUUGGCUGCUGAAAAAGAAAGCGAACUGAUUGUUUUACGUGAGCGGGAGCGAAAUUUUGAUGCUCAAAGUGACGCCAUGUCAACUUCGACCAUUUCUAGAGCCGAAGAAGUGGCCAGAAUGCGUGAGAUAGACGACAGCUUUGAGGAAAAAUACAACAAACUACGUUCUUUGGCAGUGAAAUUGAAGAAAAAGGUCGCGGAACAAACAGUGCUGCUGCAGAAGUAUGAAAAGGAUAAGGAAUCGUUUGGACUGGGAAAGAACCUGCAAUCUUUACAGGCUGAGUAUGACAAACUACUGGAUACGUUGGAAUGUGAACGACAAGCGAAGGAGCAUUUAGAAACAGAAUUGAAAGAAUGCAAAGAACACAUGGAUAAACAAAAAAUAGAAAUUGAAACUUUCAAUCAAGUUCGUUCGGAAAUUGGCAGCAAUAAGAAAGAUAAGUCUUCUCUCGAAUCAACCAUUCGCGACUACCGCGAGCAACUGCAAAGCUUGAAACGUGAAAAGGAGGCAUUUAAUUUGGCAAAGAAGGAGAUAGAGUCAGAAAAUCAAAAGCUCAUGUCUGCGCUUAAAGCUAAGGAGAAACAACUUAACGAUGAAUUAGAAGCCCAAAAAGAAUUGAAAGUAGAAGUCGAGAAAUCCCGAUUGAUGAUGAAAAAAACAAACGUUUUAAAUCUUGAAAUGGAGGCAUAUGAAAAAUCGUUAGCAGAAUUGAACAAAAAGUUGGAAACAAAAAAGGCUCAAGUGCAGGACUUGGAAGGAACCAUCGAUGCUCAGGAAGGAACUAUCAAAAGCCUUAAAAGUCAGAUGGCGCUGCUGGAGCAAAGUUUAUUAUCGGAGCGAACUCAUUCGCAAGAGUUAAAAAAGAAUAUAGACGUGCAGCAAGAAAAAUUACGCAUCAGCGAACAUCAACGUGGUGAAGUUAAUGUAGAGUUGGCCGAGUUGAAGCUUGAACACGAACGAGUCAAACUUAUUGUAGAAUCGAAUCGAGCAGAAAUUAGCGAAACGGUAAACGAAAAAGAGAAAAUUUGCGCCGUUUUAGAGUUGGAAAAAGGUAACCUACUGAAGCAGGUCUACAGUUUAGAAAGUGACCUGGAGGAAAUAAAGGCAAAGCUUACUGACAAGGAGCAGGAAGCUGAGGACGUUAAAACUGAAUUUGCUAGCUAUAAGAUACGAGCGCAAAGUGUUCUUAAACAGAAUCAAAACAAAGACACUGGGAAAGAGCGCGAACUCGAAGAAGAAACACAGAAACUUAGGCAGACUUUGGAACGUACGCAAAACAAACUUCAACAGUUUUCUCAGCAGACUGCAGAGUUAAGUAAAACCUGUGAAGAGCUGAAAAACGAUAAAACACGCCUUCAGAGUCGUUGUAAAGAACUUCACGACCUUUUGGAAGAAUCACGCCUUCAUAAUGAAUCACUGAUCGAGGAUAAUCGCCGUUGCAACCUCAACAAUCAGGAGGCGCUAAGGACACAAAGACUUCAAUCAGAAACCUUGGUAAACUGUUAUAAGAAACAGCUCGAAGAACUUCAAGAAAAGUACUCCAGAGAAAUCGAAGCUCUUCAGACCCAAAUUCGAACGGCUCCACGAGAUAUGCCGGAUGCAAGCGGGGACAGCCUAAACAAUAAUUUGGCAAGCGUUGCUCGGGGCCAGCAUUAUUCUGAUGAACAAAAAAUCAGUCUCCUUUUGAUGGAACGUGAAGAAGGCGAAGGUUCAGAGAGUACCAGCUCGCAAAAUGCAGGCGCUCCCGGGGCUGUCAGCCAACGAAAUCGUAAAAUUUCCAACUCUAGUCAAACGCUUCGGUCAUCACGAUCCAACCGGGAUUUGAUACCACUAGACGAACUUCUAAAUGCUUCCUUCGACGACGCAUCAAUUGUAUACGAUGGGGUAAACGAUUGUUCACCACCACGAACCUCAACUUCGCCAACAUUCGAACUUCGGCUGGCCAAGGAGCAACUUGAGAAACAUGAAAGUAGGGUUCGCCACCUCACGGCACUGCUGGCUGAGGCCGAACAGGACCUGGCCAAAUUGACGCAGUUGAACGAGCUGCUCAAGGAGGAGGUUCGUCGUCAGGAGCGAUCGAUUGAAAGGGAGAAGCAUGUACAAAAUUCUGAAUAUUUGAAAAAUGUGAUUUUUAAGUUUUUAACUUUAAACAGUGGUGAUGAGAAAUCACGUCUGGUUCCUGUGUUAAACACAAUACUUAAGCUAAGCCCAGAGGAAACUCAGAAGCUAAACAAUGUGGCCAAAGGUGCAGAGGGCGGUGGACGUGGCUGGACGGGAAUUUUAUGGAACUAGUUAGAUGUGAACUAUUCUAAGAAGGAACUCCAUUACGUGAGCAAGUUUAGUCAUUUCCAUUUUUUGUUUUCGCACUGUCUUCUCGUUUUCUCCGGUAAAGCAAUCAGUAUUUAUUUUGUGAAAACUUUUUUUAAAUUAAUCAGUCGUACAGUAUAAUCAUUGGUUUUUGGAUAGUUAUUAAACUAUUUCAAUUUGAAAAAAUGAUAUUCCCGAAUUUCGCUGUAAAUACUUGCCGUACCUUUCAUAAAACAUUCGGAUGUGGCUAAAUUUUGAGCAUCCGAACAAAAAUGGCUACUAUAAGACCAAGUUAAGGAUACUGAAGGAUACCGAAUGCCAGAAGCGAAACCAGACUCAAGUUGACAUAGCUUUUGUAGCGGUGUAAAAAUGAUGCUUGAAAUAUGUGGUACACAUGUCAAAUCACAUAGUAAAGUUAUUAUUUCGUUUCUGUAUUCAAAUAUCACAUAUUUUAGAACACCUAAAUAAUUUAAUUGAACCAGGUACCUUAGAAUAGGGGUUGCAUUCAACAUAGUUUGACCGAAGUUAGUGUGUAUGAAAAAAAGCAAGAAUAGUAUGUUAAUCAAUACAAUAGGUUUUUAUUCAAAUAAA